AUGACAUUCUGUUUCUAUUUGAUAUUACAAUUAAAUCAUAUUAAUGGACAAUUGAAUGAAUUCAACAAUGAACAAGAGAAUCAUACAAUUUCACAGAUUCUUUAUGAUAUCAAUGUAACUAAUCCAAUUGAUGAUAAAAACAAUCGAUUACAAAUAAGUAAUGAUAAUAUAAGAGAAACAGAAUGGAAUGAUCAAAAAUCAAUAUCUAAUAGAUUGUCAGUAGAUUUAAUUAACAAUCAUAAAUAUCGUCAAAUGAUCAUUAAUUCCAGUGAAAAUGAUCAAUGCCAAAAACAAAAACAAAAACACAAAAAAUAUGGAAAAUAUAUAAAAAGUAUAGAAGAAGAAGAAGAAGAUAAUUUCACAAAUAAAAUUAGAUCAAAUCAAAAUAAAUUACAAAUGAAAAUAAGAAAAUCUAAUAGAUUAUAUAGAAAACAAUAUGAUGAGCUCAGUCAAACAGAAUGUAAUCAGUCAGAAAAUGCAAAGAAAUAUGACAAAGAACAAUUACCGUGCAAAAUGAAAGAUAAGAAAUAUGACGAUAUAGAAGAGCAUGAGCAGAUAGAAAGCUGUAGUAAUGAAACAAAAAGAAGAAAAACAAUCAGAGAAGAAGAAAUAAACCAAGAAUAUAACAUAGAAGAAAAUGAAAGAUGCCCGGAAAUUCAAAAGACUGGUGCAUUAAAAAUAUUUAAGGAACUAGACACAAAAAUAAUUAAAAGAGUCCCAGUUGCCACUGCAGUCCCAACACACUACAAUCAGUCCACCACGAAAUCCACAUCGACCAACACUCAAACACCACUCACGACAACACAAUACCUCAAACCAUCAUCAACAUUACAACCAGUUCCAGUUGUCACUGCAGUCCCAACACACUACAAUCAGUCCACCACGAAAUCCACAUCGACCAACACUCAAACACCACUCACGACAACACAAUACCUCAAACCAUCAUCAACAUUACAACCAGUCCCAGUUGCCACUGCAGUCCCAACACACUACAAUCAGUCCACCACGAAAUCCACAUCGACCAACACUCAAACACCACUCACGACAACACAAUACCUCAAACCAUCAUCAACAUUACAACCAGUUCCAGUUGUCACUGCAGUCCCAACACACUACAAUCAGUCCACCACGAAAUCCACAUCGACCAACACUCAAACACCACUCACGACAACACAAUACCUCAAACCAUCAUCAACAUUACAACCAGUUCCAGUUGUCACUGCAGUCCCAACACACUACAAUCAGUCCACCACGAAAUCCACAUCGACCAACACUCAAACACCACUCACGACAACACAAUACCUCAAACCAUCAUCAACAUUACAACCAGUUCCAGUUGUCACUGCAGUCCCAACACACUACAAUCAGUCCACCACGAAAUCCACAUCGACCAACACUCAAACACCACUCACGACAACACAAUACCUCAAACCAUCAUCAACAUUAAAACCCGUUCAAACUUCUAUCACAUACAAACCUGACGAUCUUGAAUUGAUCACCAAUGGAUUAUUGAAAACCACUGCAACAUCACUCACGACAACACAAUACCUCAAACCAUCAUCAACACUACAACCAGUUCCAGUUGUCACUGCAGUCCCAACACACUACAAUCAGUCCACCACGAAAUCCACAUCGACCAACACUCAAACACCACUCACGACAACACAAUACCUCAAACCAUCAUCAACACUACAACCAGUUCCAGUUGUCACUGCAGUCCCAACACACUACAAUCAGUCCACCACGAAAUCCACAUCGACCAACACUCAAACACCACUCACGACAACACAAUACCUCAAACCAUCAUCAACAUUACAACCAGUUCCAGUUGUCACUGCAGUCCCAACACACUACAAUCAGUCCACCACGAAAUCCACAUCGACCAACACUCAAACACCACUCACGACAACACAAUACCUCAAACCAUCAUCAACAUUAAAACCCGUUCAAACUUCUAUCACAUACAAACCUGACGAUCUUGAAUUGAUCAUCAAUGGAUUAUUGAAAACCACUGCAACAUCACUCACGACAACACAAUACCUCAAACCAUCAUCAACACUACAACCAGUUCCAGUUGUCACUGCAGUCCCAACACACUACAAUCAGUCCACCACGAAAUCCACAUCGACCAACACUCAAACACCACUCACGACAACACAAUACCUCAAACCAUCAUCAACAUUACAACCAGUUCCAGUUGUCACUGCAGUCCCAACACACUACAAUCAGUCCACCACGAAAUCCACAUCGACCAACACUCAAACACCACUCACGACAACACAAUACCUCAAACCAUCAUCAACACUACAACCAGUUCCAGUUGUCACUGCAGUCCCAACACACUACAAUCAGUCCACCACGAAAUCCACAUCGACCAACACUCAAACACCACUCACGACAACACAAUACCUCAAACCAUCAUCAACAUUACAACCAGUUCCAGUUGUCACUGCAGUCCCAACACACUACAAUCAGUCCACCACGAAAUCCACAUCGACCAACACUCAAACACCACUCACGACAACACAAUACCUCAAACCAUCAUCAACAUUAAAACCCGUUCAAACUUCUAUCACAUACAAACCUGACGAUCUUGAAUUGAUCAUCAAUGGAUUAUUGAAAACCACUGCAACAUCACUCACGACAACACAAUACCUCAAACCAUCAUCAACACUACAACCAGUUCCAGUUGUCACUGCAGUCCCAACACACUACAAUCAGUCCACCACGAAAUCCACAUCGACCAACACUCAAACACCACUCACGACAACACAAUACCUCAAACCAUCAUCAACACUACAACCAGUUCCAGUUGUCACUGCAGUCCCAACACACUACAAUCAGUCCACCACGAAAUCCACAUCGACCAACACUCAAACACCACUCACGACAACACAAUACCUCAAACCAUCAUCAACAUUACAACCAGUUCCAGUUGUCACUGCAGUCCCAACACACUACAAUCAGUCCACCACGAAAUCCACAUCGACCAACACUCAAACACCACUCACGACAACACAAUACCUCAAACCAUCAUCAACAUUACAACCAGUUCCAGUUGUCACUGCAGUCCCAACACACUACAAUCAGUCCACCACGAAAUCCACAUCGACCAACACUCAAACACCACUCACGACAACACAAUACCUCAAACCAUCAUCAACACUACAACCAGUUCCAGUUGUCACUGCAGUCCCAACACACUACAAUCAGUCCACCACGAAAUCCACAUCGACCAACACUCAAACACCACUCACGACAACACAAUACCUCAAACCAUCAUCAACACUACAACCAGUUCCAGUUGUCACUGCAGUCCCAACACACUACAAUCAGUCCACCACGAAAUCCACAUCGACCAACACUCAAACACCACUCACGACAACACAAUACCUCAAACCAUCAUCAACAUUACAACCAGUUCCAGUUGUCACUGCAGUCCCAACACACUACAAUCAGUCCACCACGAAAUCCACAUCGACCAACACUCAAACACCACUCACGACAACACAAUACCUCAAACCAUCAUCAACAUUACAACCAGUUCCAGUUGUCACUGCAGUCCCAACACACUACAAUCAGUCCACCACGAAAUCCACAUCGACCAACACUCAAACACCACUCACGACAACACAAUACCUCAAACCAUCAUCAACAUUACAACCAGUUCCAGUUGUCACUGCAGUCCCAACACACUACAAUCAGUCCACCACGAAAUCCACAUCGACCAACACUCAAACACCACUCACGACAACACAAUACCUCAAACCAUCAUCAACAUUACAACCAGUUCCAGUUGUCACUGCAGUCCCAACACACUACAAUCAGUCCACCACGAAAUCCACAUCGACCAACACUCAAACACCACUCACGACAACACAAUACCUCAAACCAUCAUCAACAUUACAACCAGUUCCAGUUGUCACUGCAGUCCCAACACACUACAAUCAGUCCACCACGAAAUCCACAUCGACCAACACUCAAACACCACUCACGACAACACAAUACCUCAAACCAUCAUCAACAUUACAACCAGUUCCAGUUGUCACUGCAGUCCCAACACACUACAAUCAGUCCACCACGAAAUCCACAUCGACCAACACUCAAACACCACUCACGACAACACAAUACCUCAAACCAUCAUCAACAUUACAACCAGUUCCAGUUGUCACUGCAGUCCCAACACACUACAAUCAGUCCACCACGAAAUCCACAUCGACCAACACUCAAACACCACUCACGACAACACAAUACCUCAAACCAUCAUCAACAUUACAACCAGUUCCAGUUGUCACUGCAGUCCCAACACACUACAAUCAGUCCACCACGAAAUCCACAUCGACCAACACUCAAACACCACUCACGACAACACAAUACCUCAAACCAUCAUCAACAUUACAACCAGUUCCAGUUGUCACUGCAGUCCCAACACACUACAAUCAGUCCACCACGAAAUCCACAUCGACCAACACUCAAACACCACUCACGACAACACAAUACCUCAAACCAUCAUCAACAUUACAACCAGUUCCAGUUGUCACUGCAGUCCCAACACACUACAAUCAGUCCACCACGAAAUCCACAUCGACCAACACUCAAACACCACUCACGACAACACAAUACCUCAAACCAUCAUCAACAUUACAACCACUUCCAGUUGUCACUGCAGUCCCAACACACUACAAUCAGUCCACCACGAAAUCCACAUCGACCAACACUCAAACACCACUCACGACAACACAAUACCUCAAACCAUCAUCAACAUUACAACCAGUUCCAGUUGUCACUGCAGUCCCAACACACUACAAUCAGUCCACCACGAAAUCCACAUCGACCAACACUCAAACACCACUCACGACAACACAAUACCUCAAACCAUCAUCAACAUUACAACCAGUUCCAGUUGUCACUGCAGUCCCAACACACUACAAUCAGUCCACCACGAAAUCCACAUCGACCAACACUCAAACACCACUCACGACAACACAAUACCUCAAACCAUCAUCAACAUUAAAACCCGUUCAAACUUCUAUCACAUACAAACCUGACGAUCUUGAAUUGAUCAUCAAUGGAUUAUUGAAAACCACUGCAACAUCACUCACGACAACACAAUACCUCAAACCAUCAUCAACAUUACAACCAGUUCCAGUUGUCACUGCAGUCCCAACACACUACAAUCAGUCCACCACGAAAUCCACAUCGACCAACACUCAAACACCACUCACGACAACACAAUACCUCAAACCAUCAUCAACAUUACAACCAGUUCCAGUUGUCACUGCAGUCCCAACACACUACAAUCAGUCCACCACGAAAUCCACAUCGACCAACACUCAAACACCACUCACGACAACACAAUACCUCAAACCAUCAUCAACAUUACAACCAGUUCCAGUUGUCACUGCAGUCCCAACACACUACAAUCAGUCCACCACGAAAUCCACAUCGACCAACACUCAAACACCACUCACGACAACACAAUACCUCAAACCAUCAUCAACAUUACAACCAGUUCCAGUUGUCACUGCAGUCCCAACACACUACAAUCAGUCCACCACGAAAUCCACAUCGACCAACACUCAAACACCACUCACGACAACACAAUACCUCAAACCAUCAUCAACAUUACAACCAGUUCCAGUUGUCACUGCAGUCCCAACACACUUCAAUCAGUCCACCACGAAAUCCACAUCAACCAACACUCAAACACCACUCACGACAACACAAUACCUCAAACCAUCAUCAACAUUACAACCAGUUCCAGUUGUCACUGCAGUCCCAACACACUACAAUCAGUCCACCACGAAAUCCACAUCGACCAACACUCAAACACCACUCACGACAACACAAUACCUCAAACCAUCAUCAACAUUACAACCAGUUCCAGUUGUCACUGCAGUCCCAACACACUACAAUCAGUCCACCACGAAAUCCACAUCGACCAACACUCAAACACCACUCACGACAACACAAUACCUCAAACCAUCAUCAACAUUACAACCAGUUCCAGUUGUCACUGCAGUCCCAACACACUACAAUCAGUCCACCACGAAAUCCACAUCGACCAACACUCAAACACCACUCACGACAACACAAUACCUCAAACCAUCAUCCACAUUAAAACCCGUUCAAACUUCUAUCACAUACAAACCUGACGAUCUUGAAUUGAUCAUCAAUGGAUUAUUGAAAACCACUGCAACAUCACUCACGACAACACAAUACCUCAAACCAUCAUCAACAUUACAACCAGUUCCAGUUGUCACUGCAGUCCCAACACACUACAAUCAGUCCACCACGAAAUCCACAUCGACCAACACUCAAACACCACUCACGACAACACAAUACCUCAAACCAUCAUCAACAUUACAACCAGUUCCAGUUGUCACUGCAGUCCCAACACACUACAAUCAGUCCACCACGAAAUCCACAUCGACCAACACUCAAACACCACUCACGACAACACAAUACCUCAAACCAUCAUCAACAUUACAACCAGUUCCAGUUGUCACUGCAGUCCCAACACACUACAAUCAGUCCACCACGAAAUCCACAUCGACCAACACUCAAACACCACUCACGACAACACAAUACCUCAAACCAUCAUCAACAUUACAACCAGUUCCAGUUGUCACUGCAGUCCCAACACACUACAAUCAGUCCACCACGAAAUCCACAUCGACCAACACUCAAACACCACUCACGACAACACAAUACCUCAAACCAUCAUCAACAUUACAACCAGUUCCAGUUGUCACUGCAGUCCCAACACACUACAAUCAGUCCACCACGAAAUCCACAUCGACCAACACUCAAACACCACUCACGACAACACAAUACCUCAAACCAUCAUCAACAUUACAACCAGUUCCAGUUGUCACUGCAGUCCCAACACACUACAAUCAGUCCACCACGAAAUCCACAUCGACCAACACUCAAACACCACUCACGACAACACAAUACCUCAAACCAUCAUCAACAUUACAACCAGUUCCAGUUGUCACUGCAGUCCCAACACACUACAAUCAGUCCACCACGAAAUCCACAUCGACCAACACUCAAACACCACUCACGACAACACAAUACCUCAAACCAUCAUCAACAUUACAACCAGUUCCAGUUGUCACUGCAGUCCCAACACACUACAAUCAGUCCACCACGAAAUCCACAUCGACCAACACUCAAACACCACUCACGACAACACAAUACCUCAAACCAUCAUCAACAUUACAACCAGUUCCAGUUGUCACUGCAGUCCCAACACACUACAAUCAGUCCACCACGAAAUCCACAUCGACCAACACUCAAACACCACUCACGACAACACAAUACCUCAAACCAUCAUCAACAUUAAAACCCGUUCAAACUUCUAUCACAUACAAACCUGACGAUCUUGAAUUGAUCAUCAAUGGAUUAUUGAAAACCACUGCAACAUCACUCACGACAACACAAUACCUCAAACCAUCAUCAACAUUACAACCAGUUCCAUCCACCACGAAAUCCACAUCGACCAACACUCAAACACCACUCACGACAACACAAUACCUCAAACCAUCAUCAACAUUACAACCAGUUCCAGUUGUCACUGCAGUCCCAACACACUACAAUCAGUCCACCACGAAAUCCACAUCGACCAACACUCAAACACCACUCACGACAACACAAUACCUCAAACCAUCAUCAACAUUACAACCAGUUCCAGUUGUCACUGCAGUCCCAACACACUACAAUCAGUCCACCACGAAAUCCACAUCGACCAACACUCAAACACCACUCACGACAACACAAUACCUCAAACCAUCAUCAACAUUACAACCAGUUCCAGUUGUCACUGCAGUCCCAACACACUACAAUCAGUCCACCACGAAAUCCACAUCGACCAACACUCAAACACCACUCACGACAACACAAUACCUCAAACCAUCAUCAACAUUACAACCAGUUCCAGUUGUCACUGCAGUCCCAACACACUACAAUCAGUCCACCACGAAAUCCACAUCGACCAACACUCAAACACCACUCACGACAACACAAUACCUCAAACCAUCAUCAACAUUACAACCAGUUCCAGUUGUCACUGCAGUCCCAACACACUUCAAUCAGUCCACCACGAAAUCCACAUCGACCAACACUCAAACACCACUCACGACAACACAAUACCUCAAACCAUCAUCAACAUUAAAACCCGUUCAAACUUCUAUCACAUACAAACCUGACGAUCUUGAAUUGAUCAUCAAUGGAUUAUUGAAAACCACUGCAACAUCACUCACGACAACACAAUACCUCAAACCAUCAUCAACAUUACAACCAGUUCCAGUUGUCACUGCAGUCCCAACACACUACAAUCAGUCCACCACGAAAUCCACAUCGACCAACACUCAAACACCACUCACGACAACACAAUACCUCAAACCAUCAUCAACAUUACAACCAGUUCCAGUUGUCACUGCAAUCCCAACACACUACAAUCAGUCCACCACGAAAUCCACAUCGACCAACACUCAAACACCACUCACGACAACACAAUACCUCAAACCAUCAUCAACAUUACAACCAGUUCCAGUUGUCACUGCAGUCCCAACACACUACAAUCAGUCCACCACGAAAUCCACAUCGACCAACACUCAAACACCACUCACGACAACACAAUACCUCAAACCAUCAUCAACAUUACAACCAGUUCCAGUUGUCACUGCAGUCCCAACACACUACAAUCAGUCCACCACGAAAUCCACAUCGACCAACACUCAAACACCACUCACGACAACACAAUACCUCAAACCAUCAUCAACAUUACAACCAGUUCCAGUUGUCACUGCAGUCCCAACACACUACAAUCAGUCCACCACGAAAUCCACAUCGACCAACACUCAAACACCACUCACGACAACACAAUACCUCAAACCAUCAUCAACAUUACAACCAGUUCCAGUUGUCACUGCAAUCCCAACACACUACAAUCAGUCCACCACGAAAUCCACAUCGACCAACACUCAAACACCACUCACGACAACACAAUACCUCAAACCAUCAUCAACAUUACAACCAGUUCCAGUUGUCACUGCAGUCCCAACACACUACAAUCAGUCCACCACGAAAUCCACAUCGACCAACACUCAAACACCACUCACGACAACACAAUACCUCAAACCAUCAUCAACAUUAAAACCCGUUCAAACUUCUAUCACAUACAAACCUGACGAUCUUGAAUUGAUCAUCAAUGGAUUAUUGAAAACCACUGCAACAUCACUCACGACAACACAAUACCUCAAACCAUCAUCAACAUUACAACCAGUUCCAGUUGUCACUGCAGUCCCAACACACUACAAUCAGUCCACCACGAAAUCCACAUCGACCAACACUCAAACACCACUCACGACAACACAAUACCUCAAACCAUCAUCAACAUUACAACCAGUUCCAGUUGUCACUGCAGUCCCAACACACUACAAUCAGUCCACCACGAAAUCCACAUCGACCAACACUCAAACACCACUCACGACAACACAAUACCUCAAACCAUCAUCAACAUUACAACCAGUUCCAGUUGUCACUGCAGUCCCAACACACUACAAUCAGUCCACCACGAAAUCCACAUCGACCAACACUCAAACACCACUCACGACAACACAAUACCUCAAACCAUCAUCAACAUUAAAACCCGUUCAAACUUCUAUCACAUACAAACCUGACGAUCUUGAAUUGAUCAUCAAUGGAUUAUUGAAAACCACUGCAACAUCACUCACGACAACACAAUACCUCAAACCAUCAUCAACAUUACAACCAGUUCCAGUUGUCACUGCAGUCCCAACACACUACAAUCAGUCCACCACGAAAUCCACAUCGACCAACACUCAAACACCACUCACGACAACACAAUACCUCAAACCAUCAUCACAACCAGUUCCAGUUGUCACUGCAGUCCCAACACACUACAAUCAGUCCACCACGAAAUCCACAUCGACCAACACUCAAACACCACUCACGACAACACAAUACCUCAAACCAUCAUCAACAUUACAACCAGUUCCAGUUGUCACUGCAUUCCAGUUGUCACUGCAGUCCCAACACACUACAAUCAGUCCACCACGAAAUCCACAUCGACCUAACACUCAAACACCACUCACGACAACACAAUACCUCAAACCAUCAUCAACAUUACAACCAGUUCCAGUUGUCACUGCAGUCCCAACACACUACAAUCAGUCCACCACGAAAUCCACAUCGACCAACACUCAAACACCACUCACGACAACACAAUACCUCAAACCAUCAUCAACACUACAACCAGUUCCAGUUGUCACUGCAGUCCCAACACACUACAAUCAGUCCACCACGAAAUCCACAUCGACCAACACUCAAACACCACUCACGACAACACAAUACCUCAAACCAUCAUCAACAUUAAAACCCGUUCAAACUUCUAUCACAUACAAACCUGACGAUCUUGAAUUGAUCAUCAAUGGAUUAUUGAAAACCACUGCAACAUCACUCACGACAACACAAUACCUCAAACCAUCAUCAACAUUACAACCAGUUCCAGUUGUCACUGCAAUCCCAACACACUACAAUCAGUCCACCACGAAAUCCACAUCGACCAACACUCAAACACCACUCACGACAACACAAUACCUCAAACCAUCAUCAACAUUACAACCAGUUCCAGUUGUCACUGCAGUCCCAACACACUACAAUCAGUCCACCACGAAAUCCACAUCGACCAACACUCAAACACCACUCACGACAACACAAUACCUCAAACCAUCAUCAACAUUACAACCACUUCCAGUUGUCACUGCAGUCCCAACACACUACAAUCAGUCCACCACGAAAUCCACAUCGACCAACACUCAAACACCACUCACGACAACACAAUACCUCAAACCAUCAUCAACAUUACAACCAGUUCCAGUUGUCACUGCAGUCCCAACACACUACAAUCAGUCCACCACGAAAUCCACAUCGACCAACACUCAAACACCACUCACGACAACACAAUACCUCAAACCAUCAUCAACAUUACAACCAGUUCCAGUUGUCACUGCAGUCCCAACACACUACAAUCAGUCCACCACGAAAUCCACAUCGACCAACACUCAAACACCACUCACGACAACACAAUACCUCAAACCAUCAUCAACACUACAACCAGUUCCAGUUGUCACUGCAGUCCCAACACACUACAAUCAGUCCACCACGAAAUCCACAUCGACCAACACUCAAACACCACUCACGACAACACAAUACCUCAAACCAUCAUCAACAUUAAAACCCGUUCAAACUUCUAUCACAUACAAACCUGACGAUCUUGAAUUGAUCAUCAAUGGAUUAUUGAAAACCACUGCAACAUCACUCACGACAACACAAUACCUCAAACCAUCAUCAACAUUACAACCAUUUCCAGUUGUCACUGCAGUCCCAACACACUACAAUCAGUCCACCACGAAAUCCACAUCGACCAACACUCAAACACCACUCACGACAACACAAUACCUCAAACCAUCAUCAACAUUAAAACCCGUUCAAACUUCUAUCACAUACAAACCUGACGAUCUUGAAUUGAUCAUCAAUGGAUUAUUGAAAACCACUGCAACAUCACUCACGACAACACAAUACCUCAAACCAUCAUCAACAUUACAACCAGUUCCAGUUGUCACUGCAAUCCCAACACACUACAAUCAGUCCACCGCGAAAUCCACAUCGACCAACACUCAAACACCACUCACGACAACACAAUACCUCAAACCAUCAUCAACACUACAACCAGUUCCAGUUGUCACUGCAGUCCCAACACACUACAAUCAGUCCACCACGAAAUCCACAUCGACCAACACUCAAACACCACUCACGACAACACAAUACCUCAAACCAUCAUCAACAUUACAACCAGUUCCAGUUGUCACUGCAGUCCCAACACACUACAAUCAGUCCACCACGAAAUCCACAUCGACCAACACUCAAACACCACUCACGACAACACAAUACCUCAAACCAUCAUCAACAUUACAACCAGUUCCAGUUGUCACUGCAGUCCCAACACACUACAAUCAGUCCACCACGAAAUCCACAUCGACCAACACUCAAACACCACUCACGACAACACAAUACCUCAAACCAUCAUCAACACUACAACCAGUUCCAGUUGUCACUGCAGUCCCAACACACUACAAUCAGUCCACCACGAAAUCCACAUCGACCAACACUCAAACACCACUCACGACAACACAAUACCUCAAACCAUCAUCAACAUUAAAACCCGUUCAAACUUCUAUCACAUACAAACCUGACGAUCUUGAAUUGAUCAUCAAUGGAUUAUUGAAAACCACUGCAACAUCACUCACGACAACACAAUACCUCAAACCAUCAUCAACAUUACAACCAGUUCCAGUUGUCACUGCAGUCCCAACACACUACAAUCAGUCCACCACGAAAUCCACAUCGACCAACACUCAAACACCACUCACGACAACACAAUACCUCAAACCAUCAUCAACAUUAAAACCCGUUCAAACUUCUAUCACAUACAAACCUGACGAUCUUGAAUUGAUCAUCAAUGGAUUAUUGAAAACCACUGCAACAUCACUCACGACAAAACAAUACCUCAAACCAUCAUCAACACUACAACCAGUUCCAGUUGUCACUGCAAUCCCAACACACUACAAUCAGUCCACCACGAAAUCCACAUCGACCAACACUCAAACACCACUCACGACAACACAAUACCUCAAACCAUCAUCAACAUUACAACCACUUCCAGUUGUCACUGCAGUCCCAACACACUACAAUCAGUCCACCACGAAAUCCACAUCGACCAACACUCAAACACCACUCACGACAACACAAUACCUCAAACCAUCAUCAACAUUACAACCAGUUCCAGUUGUCACUGCAGUCCCAACACACUACAAUCAGUCCACCACGAAAUCCACAUCGACCAACACUCAAACACCACUCACGACAACACAAUACCUCAAACCAUCAUCAACAUUACAACCACUUCCAGUUGUCACUGCAGUCCCAACACACUACAAUCAGUCCACCACGAAAUCCACAUCGACCAACACUCAAACACCACUCACGACAACACAAUACCUCAAACCAUCAUCAACACUACAACCAGUUCCAGUUGUCACUGCAGUCCCAACACACUACAAUCAGUCCACCACGAAAUCCACAUCGACCAACACUCAAACACCACUCACGACAACACAAUACCUCAAACCAUCAUCAACAUUACAACCAGUUCCAGUUGUCACUGCAGUCCCAACACACUACAAUCAGUCCACCACGAAAUCCACAUCGACCAACACUCAAACACCACUCACGACAACACAAUACCUCAAACCAUCAUCAACAUUACAACCAGUUCCAGUUAUCACUGCAGUCCCAACACACUACAAUCAGUCCACCACGAAAUCCACAUCGACCAACACUCAAACACCACUCACGACAACACAAUACCUCAAACCAUCAUCCACAUUAAAACCCGUUCAAACUUCUAUCACAUACAAACCUGACGAUCUUGAAUUGAUCAUCAAUGGAUUAUUGAAAACCACUGCAACAUCACUCACGACAACACAAUACCUCAAACCAUCAUCAACAUUACAACCAGUUCCAUCCACCACGAAAUCCACAUCGACCAACACUCAAACACCACUCACGACAACACAAUACCUCAAACCAUCAUCAACAUUACAACCAGUUCCAGUUGUCACUGCAGUCCCAACACACUACAAUCAGUCCACCACGAAAUCCACAUCGACCAACACUCAAACACCACUCACGACAACACAAUACCUCAAACCAUCAUCAACAUUACAACCAGUUCCAGUUGUCACUGCAGUCCCAACACACUACAAUCAGUCCACCACGAAAUCCACAUCGACCAACACUCAAACACCACUCACGACAACACAAUACCUCAAACCAUCAUCAACAUUACAACCAGUUCCAGUUGUCACUGCAGUCCCAACACACUUCAAUCAGUCCACCACGAAAUCCACAUCGACCAACACUCAAACACCACUCACGACAACACAAUACCUCAAACCAUCAUCAACAUUACAACCACUUCCAGUUGUCACUGCAGUCCCAACACACUACAAUCAGUCCACCACGAAAUCCACAUCGACCAACACUCAAACACCACUCACGACAACACAAUACCUCAAACCAUCAUCAACAUUACAACCAGUUCCAGUUGUCACUGCAGUCCCAACACACUACAAUCAGUCCACCACGAAAUCCACAUCGACCAACACUCAAACACCACUCACGACAACACAAUACCUCAAACCAUCAUCAACAUUAAAACCCGUUCAAACUUCUAUCACAUACAAACCUGACGAUCUUGAAUUGAUCAUCAAUGGAUUAUUGAAAACCACUGCAACAUCACUCACGACAACACAAUACCUCAAACCAUCAUCAACAUUACAACCAGUUCCAGUUGUCACUGCAGUCCCAACACACUACAAUCAGUCCACCACGAAAUCCACAUCGACCAACACUCAAACACCACUCACGACAACACAAUACCUCAAACCAUCAUCAACAUUACAACCAGUUCCAGUUGUCACUGCAGUCCCAACACACUACAAUCAGUCCACCACGAAAUCCACAUCGACCAACACUCAAACACCACUCACGACAACACAAUACCUCAAACCAUCAUCAACACUACAACCAGUUCCAGUUGUCACUGCAGUCCCAACACACUACAAUCAGUCCACCACGAAAUCCACAUCGACCAACACUCAAACACCACUCACGACAACACAAUACCUCAAACCAUCAUCAACAUUACAACCAGUUCCAGUUGUCACUGCAGUCCCAACACACUACAAUCAGUCCACCACGAAAUCCACAUCGACCAACACUCAAACACCACUCACGACAACACAAUACCUCAAACCAUCAUCAACAUUACAACCAGUUCCAGUUAUCACUGCAGUCCCAACACACUACAAUCAGUCCACCACGAAAUCCACAUCGACCAACACUCAAACACCACUCACGACAACACAAUACCUCAAACCAUCAUCCACAUUAAAACCCGUUCAAACUUCUAUCACAUACAAACCUGACGAUCUUGAAUUGAUCAUCAAUGGAUUAUUGAAAACCACUGCAACAUCACUCACGACAACACAAUACCUCAAACCAUCAUCAACAUUACAACCAGUUCCAGUUGUCACUGCAGUCCCAACACACUUCAAUCAGUCCACCACGAAAUCCACAUCGACCAACACUCAAACACCACUCACGACAACACAAUACCUCAAACCAUCAUCAACAUUACAACCACUUCCAGUUGUCACUGCAGUCCCAACACACUACAAUCAGUCCACCACGAAAUCCACAUCGACCAACACUCAAACACCACUCACGACAACACAAUACCUCAAACCAUCAUCAACAUUAAAACCAGUUCCAGUUGUCACUGCAGUCCCAACACACUACAAUCAGUCCACCACGAAAUCCACAUCGACCAACACUCAAACACCACUCACGACAACACAAUACCUCAAACCAUCAUCAACAUUACAACCAGUUCCAGUUGUCACUGCAGUCCCAACACACUACAAUCAGUCCACCACGAAAUCCACAUCGACCAACACUCAAACACCACUCACGACAACACAAUACCUCAAACCAUCAUCAACACUACAACCAGUUCCAGUUGUCACUGCAGUCCCAACACACUACAAUCAGUCCACCACGAAAUCCACAUCGACCAACACUCAAACACCACUCACGACAACACAAUACCUCAAACCAUCAUCAACAUUACAACCAGUUCCAGUUGUCACUGCAGUCCCAACACACUACAAUCAGUCCACCACGAAAUCCACAUCGACCAACACUCAAACACCACUCACGACAACACAAUACCUCAAACCAUCAUCAACAUUAAAACCCGUUCAAACUUCUAUCACAUACAAACCUGACGAUCUUGAAUUGAUCAUCAAUGGAUUAUUGAAAACCACUGCAACAUCACUCACGACAACACAAUACCUCAAACCAUCAUCAACAUUACAACCAGUUCCAGUUGUCACUGCAGUCCCAACACACUACAAUCAGUCCACCACGAAAUCCACAUCGACCAACACUCAAAAACCACUCACGACAACACAAUACCUCAAACCAUCAUCAACAUUACAACCAGUUCCAGUUGUCACUGCAGUCCCAACACACUACAAUCAGUCCACCACGAAAUCCACAUCGACCAACACUCAAACACCACUCACGACAACACAAUACCUCAAAGCAUCAUCAACAUUAAAACCCGUUCAAACUUCUAUCACAUACAAACCUGACGAUCUUGAAUUGAUCAUCAAUGGAUUAUUGAAAACCACUGCAACAUCACUCACGACAACACAAUACCUCAAACCAUCAUCAACAUUACAACCGGUUCCAGUUGUCACUGCAGUCCCAACACACUUCAAUCAGUCCACCACGAAAUCCACAUCGACCAACACUCAAACACCACUCACGACAACACAAUACCUCAAACCAUCAUCAACAUUACAACCAGUUCCAGUUGUCACUGCAGUCCCAACACACUACAAUCAGUCCACCACGAAAUCCACAUCGACCAACACUCAAACACCACUCACGACAACACAAUACCUCAAACCAUCAUCAACAUUACAACCAGUUCCAGUUGUCACUGCAGUCCCAACACACUACAAUCAGUCCACCACGAAAUCCACAUCGACCAACACUCAAACACCACUCACGACAACACAAUACCUCAAACCAUCAUCAACACUACAACCAGUUCCAGUUGUCACUGCAGUCCCAACACACUACAAUCAGUCCACCACGAAAUCCACAUCGACCAACACUCAAACACCACUCACGACAACACAAUACCUCAAACCAUCAUCAACAUUACAACCAGUUCCAGUUGUCACUGCAGUCCCAACACACUACAAUCAGUCCACCACGAAAUCCACAUCGACCAACACUCAAACACCACUCACGACAACACAAUACCUCAAACCAUCAUCAACACUACAACCAGUUCCAGUUGUCACUGCAGUCCCAACACACUACAAUCAGUCCACCACGAAAUCCACAUCGACCAACACUCAAACACCACUCACGACAACACAAUACCUCAAACCAUCAUCAACAUUACAAACAGUUCCAGUUGUCACUGCAGUCCCAACACACUACAAUCAGUCCACCACGAAAUCCACAUCGACCAACACUCAAACACCACUCACGACAACACAAUACCUCAAACCAUCAUCAACAUUACAACCAGUUGUAUUUGUCACCUCUGUUCCUGUGGACGUAAAUCCCUCCAUCUCCCACGGCUUUUCUUCUUCUUCCUAUACGUCAAACUCUGAAUUUUCGAAUUCAUCUUCUUUUAAUCAUUUACUUGAUAGUUUUAAUGACUCCUCUUAUACUUCCAUUACCACUUCUGUAUUACCGUCUUCUGGUAAUGAUUUUGAUGAAUUUUCUUAUGAUGAUUUUUCUCCUCCGGAUUCUGAUUAUGUUCAUUUUGAUUUUGAUUCUUCUGGUAAUUUACCUGUUGAUGUUGAUUUGUCCGAUAUUUCUACCACUAAGUGUAAUAAUGCUCAUGAUACUGACUGUCAUUCUUUGGAGAAUUUUAUGCCUUCCUAUCAGUAUAACAAAGUAUUACUAUUUCGAAUUUUUAAAUGUUGCCGACAAUUUUAUUCAACUAAUAACGAAAAUUGUCAUGUUAAUUGUUUUAUGAAGCAGCUAUGUGAUAAGUAUUUUCAUCAGUAA